AUGGAAGAAGAUCGCACUACAACGCAUGAGAAGGAUAAUAAUGAAUUGCCUUCAUAUUUCGAUGUAAUUAAGCAUAAACAAGGAUUAAAUUACAUAACUAUACAUGAAGAAGAAGAAGGUUGUGAAAUUUUACCAUCUUAUUCUUGUAGUGUAUUUAAAGCUGGUUAUGUUAUUAAAAAGGAUGAAAUGAUAUCACAUGGUGUUAAGGCAAAGCGCAGAACGUGGAG